AGCUCCGAGCCGACGUCACACCAGUGCUGCCAGUCUGUCCGCUGGUGUGGUGACAGUGGAGCGCUGCGAGAACAAGGAAGUGGACCGAAUAUGGGCUGAUUUCAGGAGGGAUUCGGCCACGAUUCAGUCGAUCGGACGACUCGUUUAUACAAGUAUCGGGCCCCGCCUCCAGAGAUGAGCCACUGCAGUGGGACACUGCUUCGUCAUUCUACACUGGCUGGUCACAUCUGACCUCUGACCCUCACUCCCUCACAAUGGCACCCGUUCCACCAGGAGUCCGCUUCCUGUUCACCUUCAACAAGGACCAAUGGUACAGAGCCUUCACCUUCAUCCUCACCUUCCUGCUCUACACCAGCUUCCACCUCUCCAGGAAGCCAAUCAGCAUCGUCAAGAGCGAGCUCCACAAGAACUGCUCGAUGGCGAGCGAGUUAGCCACAGCUAGUGGUGGCGGCGCUAGCCAGCUGCCCGCACUCACCUCUCUGCACACGGACAUGGACUGCAGCUGGAAGCCCUUCGAUAAAAAUAACUAUAAACAGCUCCUGGGAGCCAUGGACUACUCCUUUUUGUUCGCCUACGCCAUCGGCAUGUACCUCAGCGGCAUCAUCGGGGAGCGCCUGCCCAUCCGGCUGUACCUGACGGUGGGCAUGCUGUGCAGCGGGCUGUUCACCUGCCUGUUCGGUCUGGGCUACAUCUACAACAUCCACAGCCUGGCCUUUUACGUCUCUGUCCAGGUGGCUAACGGCUUGGUGCAGACCACUGGCUGGCCCAGUGUGGUCACGUGCAUCAGCAACUGGUUCGGCAAGGGAAGGCGUGGGCUCGUCAUGGGCGUGUGGAACUCCCACACCUCAGUGGGGAACAUCCUGGGGUCCCUGAUCGCCGGCUCCUACGUGUCCUCCAACUGGGGCAUGUCCUUCAUCGUGCCCGGCAUCAUCAUCGCCGCAAUGGGCGUGGUCUGCUUCCUCUUCCUCAUCGAGCAUCCUAACGACUUGAAGACUAUGCAUGCCCAGAGCUCCUCGCCCGUCGGCAGGCAGACGGCAUGCACUGGAUGGAGCGGUGUGAAUGGACACAAGGAUAUGUAUCUUCAGUUCACACAGGGCAGUACAAAGACGUACGACCAUUACGAGAAUAGCGUUCUGUACAGGAAGGGCGGCGACGAGGAGCCCCUGCUGGGCAGAGAGACCGCUGCCAGUGGGCGUGUCCCUCUGCAGCAAGUCGUCGUGGUGAAGAGUGAAUCAGAGCCCUCCGCCAUCAGCUUCAUGGGAGCCCUGCGCAUACCGGGAGUGAUCGAGUUCUCACUUAGUCUGCUGUUCGCUAAGCUGGUCAGCUACACCUUUCUCUUUUGGCUGCCCCUCUACAUCACCAAAGCAGCUCACCUGGAUGCUAAAAAGGCCGGGGAUCUCUCCACCCUGUUCGAUGUGGGAGGAAUCGUAGGUGGUAUCUUGGCUGGAGUCAUCUCUGACAAGUUGGGGAAGAGAGCCACCACCUGUGCAGUAAUGCUUCUAUUGGCUGCUCCGACACUCUACGGCUUCUCCAUGAUCAGCCAGUUUGGUCUGGGACCCACCGUGGCCAUGUUGUUGGUGUGCGGCGGGCUGGUGAACGGCCCAUAUGCCCUUAUCACCACGGCCGUGUCAGCUGACCUGGGGACCCACAAGAGCCUGAAGGGGAACGCCCGGGCCCUGUCCACCGUCACGGCCAUCAUCGAUGGGACCGGCUCCGUAGGCGCUGCGGUGGGCCCCCUGCUGGCCGGAGUGUUGUCUGCCGGCGGCUGGGAUCAGGUGUUCUACAUGCUGAUGACCGCUGACUUCCUGGCUCUGCUUUUUUUGCUUCGAUUGGUCAAAAAGGAGCUGACUUCGAGCAAGUCUCGCCCGAUUUCUACUGUAGAGUUGAAGGAGCACUGAGCACUUUGGCACACGCAGUGUGAGCAUUGAUACCACUCUGAACCGAUCCCAGUUGGGGACCAUGGACUCGCCUCCAUAUCUAGGGCAUUAUGGGAUGUAUAGCCUACGUGCACACGUGUACACACACAAUUUUGUGGGAUUUUCUCCUUGUGCCUUUUGUAAGCUAACUUAGCUUUGUUUUUUACUGUUUCCCUUCAUCGCCAUGUUAAUCUUUUUCCUCUUAUAAGGUUGUUUGAGUCUCUCUCUCUCUCUCUCUCUCUCUCUCUCUCUCUCUCUCUCUCUCUCUCUCUCUCUCUCUCUCUCUCUCUCUCUCUCUCUCUCUCUCUCUCUCUCUCUCUCUCUCUCUCUCUCUCUCUCUCUCUCUCUCUCUGUAUGUAUGUAUGUAUGUAUGUAUGUAUGUAACCUACUCUGAGUUAUAUGAAUGCAGUUUAAUCGCCAUCGUUGCCUUACUGAACUAAACCAAAGAGCUUAUACAAAUUGCAAUGUCAUCCAAUCAGGAACUUGUUUUCAUUUAUGAAAGUGGAGUCUUUAAUGAUUGCUCUCAGCUGUCUAGUGUACGGUUUCUCAACGAUAUUUGUCACAAUGGGCCAAUGUAUCUUUAUAUAUCAACUCUGGAGAAUGUUGAGCAUGUUCCUGUGACCGUGGUGGUUGGCGGUUUAUCCCGGAUGUGUUGAAUGUUAAGUUUUAAUUAUGCGCAAGUGCAAUGGAUGAGAAGGUAUGCUGUGAUGUUAUAUAAUUAGAAAUAUUUAUAUUUAAAUAUAAAAUGCCUAUUUGCAGCAAUUGUUGAAGCAGAUGAUAAAAAAUAUAUAUCUAUUUAAACAUUUGCUACCAUUUGAAGAGUGGCAGAAGAUUGAUUUACGGUUCAUACAGACUGACGGAUAGCGACAAAUUCACUUUUUGACUUUGCGAUCUAGAAUCAUUCUAGAUACAAGUUGAGCUCUAGUGGACUCCCAUGGUAUACAAGACCAAUUCCAUACCUUCGGCAACAACAGCAAAUGUUUGUGGUUGUGUAUUUAAUAUGUAGACAUACGUGUGUGUCUUUUUUAAUCGUUUGUCUAUUCCUGUGGGUGUUUUUAUUAACUGUUUUAGUUGUUAAAUGAGUGUUUUGUUAAGAUGUCCAAUUGAAACCGCAGUCUCGGUAAAAUAAAUAACUUUUUUCUCUCUUG